CACCACAGUGUUUUAUCAGUUCCAAAGCUCGACAAAUGGGGAAUAAAAUUGCGACAUUCAGUGAGGAUCAGCUGGAGGACUACCAAGACUGCACCUUCUUCACACGCAAGGAAAUCCUGAGAAUAUUCAAAAAAUUCCGGGAAAUCGGAGAGCCGGGGGCUGUUCCCCGCAGAAUGUCCCCAGAUGAUGCCUCAAAUCUUCGGAUUCCACUCUCGUGUCUCGAAAAAAUUCCAGAAUUACGAGAAAAUCCAUUCAGGGAGAGAAUAUCCGAGGUAUUCACCAGCCCAAACGAGCACAACUCCGUGGAAGAGGGUAUCUGCUUCGAGGAGUUCCUGGAGAUGAUGUCUGUAUUCUCGGAGCAAGCCCCACGUGAUUUGAAAGUUUUUUACGCCUUCAAGAUUUAUGACUUCGACGAUGAUGGAGUCGUAGGGAUGUCAGACCUCGAGAGAACCUGUCGCCAGUUGGUACAGGAUGGUCUGACAACCGAAGAAAUAGCUACGAUCUGCAAGAAAGUUCUCGAGGAAAGCGAUAUCGAUGGAGAUGGUGCAUUAUCUUAUCUCGAAUUCGAACACGUCGUCACCAGAGCCUCGGACUUCCUGGCAACAUUCCACAUUCGCAUCUAG